ACUAAAAUAGAACUUAGACAAACUAGAAAUGUUUAUUUCAGAUUUCUAUUUUUCUUAUACUCAUUACUCACAUAUAUAGAGUUUAAUUUUAGAUUGAUGAUGUAAAUAUUUGAGGGGGGUGAGGAUGUUUUAUAUUGAUGAUACUUUGCAAGUUAUGUUUCUUAAAGGACCGAGAGAUCAGUCUCUUUUCUGUCGGAAUUGGUUGUAGAAUGAAGUAAAAUUCCAACAAUAAUGGUCCUCUGUGGACAAUCUGAUCACGACAUCAAUAAUGUUGCUCUAGCAGUCCAGAGCAAAUAGAGCUUUAGCAUUUUGCAGAUAGAGAAAAAAAAACUUCCAAGGAGAUAUUGGAAGUUUUGUGCAGCGGCAGAAGCAGGCGGUUUGGUAAUGUAUUCAGUAUGACUAGGGUAUGAGUCAUCAGUCUGCAGUCCUGCACAGCCAUCGGAAGCUCCGUGUCGGAGAGAAGGAAAAAGUGAUUGUAGGCUAGGCUGCAGUGCAAGUCUGGGCUGGGAAUAGUUAUUCAAGCUGGGUUAGCGUGUGACUUUUUUCCCCUCAGUAUUAAAGCAUGAUCAGGUGCAAAAUCAACCAGUGCCUUUAGAAUUGAAAUCCAUACACAAUGUCAACAGCCUGUAACUGGUUGAGCCUUUUCUUGUGCUUGAGAGGCACUAGCAAUAAUAAAAAAGCUAUACACCAAAUCCACCCUAACCAGAGGUCAUUCGAUGCAGUCGUUGUCUGGAAAGGCAAAGCAGGGUUACAGAAGAGUACAGGUGGUGUGGCCUAUGACUAUAUCUUGAAGCCAGCUGCUGAUAAUGCUCCUAAAAUAUCUUCCCCUCCAAAGGAUAAACCUCUAACACAUGAUGAGAUCUUUGAGAAAUUGCAGAAAGCUGAGGCCAGAAGACAGUCUUUAGAAGCUCAAAAGCUAGAGUUUGUUGCCAAAGAAAAACAGAGAAUGCAGGAAGCCUUGAUGAAAUCCCAGAAAGAAGAGGAGGAGAAGGCUAAAGCUGCUCAGGCCAAACUCCGACGAUCCAUGGAAAUCACAAAGGAAAACCGUGAACUACAGAUAAUGAGUCUGCAAGAGAAACUCAGAGAACAUCUGGCCAAAGUACAGGAAGUAUGUAGAAAUAGUGAGAGUAUGAGCAAAGAGCUAGAGGAAAGACUUAUUCAAAAGUAUGAAGCUUAUGAAGAAAACCGCAAUAACCAGCUUCAGUCUGUUGUCAAGCGCCUACAGGACCAUGCAAAACAUAUUGAGGAAGUAUGCAAAGCUAGUGAAACUAUGAGCAAGACCUCUGAGGAGAAAAUUAUCCAGAAAAUGGAGAAUGCCCUAAAGAACCGUGAAGAGCAUUUUAAAGCACUGCAAGAAAGACUGAAAGAUCAUGAACGUAAAAUCGAGGAAGUUAGAAAAAACAAGAUGACCAUGUCUAACUGUUCCAUGGAGGGAAGUGUCAGCUGCUAGAUCUAGCUCUCGGUGCCAGGAAACACCAGCUUCUGUUGCCUAAGGAUUUACUUGUUAGAGAGACCUGAAGGAAUAACUAAUAAACGAAUGGAGUGAGACACUCCCAAUCAAAAUAUGGACUAUCAAUGGAUGACUUAUUUACUCAAAUAUGGAUGUUUAAGAAAUACUGAUGUGACAUGAGCUUUUCAGAAAUAUUUUCUAUUAUUUUUUUUUCUUUCCCAAAACUUUACCAGCAUGAGUUCUUAUAUGGAGAAUGUUAGUGCUAAGUGCUUUUACAUUUAAUAGUUGCUUUGUUGUAUGGAAAAGAAAAUGAUGUUCGUGGACUUGUCUUUUGAAGAAAAAAAAAAGUGCUACAAAAAUGUUUAACUUUGCAUAUUGUUGAGACAAUAUCUUCAAAACUUCACUGACUGUAUGCCUAUUCCAUUAUAUAGUAAUAGAUGUUCAUACCAGUAGUUGUUAAAUGCACUGAAUAGAAACAUGUAAAUCAUUUGAAGUGUGUAGUAUUGUGAUGCCUAUCAUGCUCAUUAUUUCAGUAUACAUGUAUUUGCAUUAUCCUUUUAUAAUAUAUUGCAGAAAUAGAUAGAAUUUUUAUGCUUAAAUUCAACUGAAUUUUUAUCAGUGAUAAGACUUAAUCUAUAAUUCAACAGCCUUUUGUCCUGUUUUGUUUAAUUUGAAAGUGGGUUUCAAUAUAAUGCAAGUGUAAUAUGUGUUAUUUAACAUCAUUACUAAAAAUGCAGAUUUAAAGUGUUGCCCAAGCAUUAUCUGAAAAAAUAAUUGAUGGGAUGCUACCUGUGAUCUUGUUAUAUUUUCGAAUUUGCACAGGAAGGGGAUUACUGUGUAGCAGUUUUGUAGAUGAGUGUGCCAUGUUUAUAUGGCCAGUUUAAAGUUCAGCAGUUCAAUUAGAAUUGUUAAGUUUCCAGUGUACAUGUAUAUGGUAUAUGCGGUCUGCAGGAACGUGGAAUUUAGUUUUAGCUUUUGUAAUGUGGCUUGUCUCAAUUAAUAAAGCCUUAUUGUACUUC